CUCCAAACAUGGUCCAAUGUAACAUAUCAAUAUGUGUUUCUGUAAUCUUUCUUUUUGUGGUUUUAACAAAAGUGUCUCUCGUCGAAGGCACGUCUCCAGUCUUGAGCGCAAAUAUCCCCCUGCCUCCUUUUCUAAACAAGAAUGAAGCAAAACAGAAAUUGAAUUGCCCACCAACAACACCUUUGAAAGUCAAUGCAAAUCUUGAACUUGAAUGCUAUUCCCAAGGAACAUCCUUAAAGGGAUUGUUGUUCUGGUACAACACUCAUGUGUUAAAUAUGGAACUGGUCAAAUGUGAUUCGGAUGUUAAGCAAUAUAUAAAGGUGGAGAAAAGGAACGAGCUCAAGGUGCAGAUGAACAAGUGCAUUGUAUAUAAGCGAUAUGAAACCCGUUCCCCUGAAACUAAAAGUUGCAGCUUGACUCUGGGUCAACCUAGCUCUGGCAAGUCCCCAGUCACAAGCGUCACUGUCCGUAAUGCACUGCGAACGACGAAUGAAGCAAUUAAAGAAAUCAUUCCCGAAACAGAUGGGACAAAUUAUCAAGUGCUAACAAACUCGAGAAUAAAGUACAAAGAGUUGAAUGCCAUCUACAAUAUUGUUGAUUAUAGCUACUACCUUCAUUGCUAUGAAUCCAUCGGCUAUGGGCUUUUGUAUUAUCAAAACGAGUUCGUUUUGUUGAUGACCUUGGAUACAUGUGGUGACAGCUUAUGGAAUUAUGUGAUGCCAAAGAAGGAGGACGGUAGACACGAGAUCACUGUGCGCAGGAAAGAUGGGUGUACCAUCUAUAACGUAUACUUCGAAGGCCUAAAAGCCGAUCGUAUAUGCAGUUAGCUUUGAUACAGCUUUCAUUCGGGAAUGGAUGACGAUUUGAAACCAUCUCGUUAAUAAACAUGAUUUUAUCACAUGA